AUGGCCCCCGAUAAGAAAGUUUCAAAGCGCAAGGCCGCACCUGUCGCCGCCGACUCUCCCGCCAAAAAAACCAAGAAGGCCGAGACCAAGGCCGAAGCAUCCAAGGAGGAUGUUCCUAAGUCCACUUUGAAGAAGAAGGAGACUGCGGCCAAGUCCAAGGCCGACAAGACCGCUGCCCCAGCCAAGCCCAAGGCUGAGCCCACCCGUCAGAUGAAGCCUCGCAAGCGCGCUGCCGAUUUCCUCACUGAUGAGGAGACCGAAGCGCCUGCUCCUGCAAAGGCUGACAAGAAGGCCGAGAAGAAGACCACCGAGAAGCCUGCUGCUAAGAAGUCCAAGAAGGAUGAGACCGAAGCGGCUCCCGCUUCCAAGAAGGCCGCCCCCAAGAAGGCUGCCGGCAAAAAGACCGAGAAGAAGCCCGAGCCCGUCGAGUCCGAGGACGAGGAGGAAAUUGAGGUCCCCACUGCUGUUGUUGAGAGCGAAUCUGAGGGCGAGGAUGACCAGACUGCCGACCUCAUCAAGGGCUUCGAGAGCAGUGACGAUGAAGAUGAGUCCGGCGAAGGUUACAAAGAGGGCCAGCCCAUCCCCAAGGCGCCUGAUACCAAGAAGGCCGAGCGCAAGCUCGCUAAGGCUCUGGCGAAGGAGCUGAAGAAGAACGGUCCCCCCGAGGAGCCCGGCACUGUCUACAUUGGACGUAUUCCCCACGGUUUCUAUGAGCAUCAAAUGAAGGCUUACUUCUCUCAAUUCGGCGACAUCACCCAACUCCGUCUUUCACGCAACCGUCAAACCGGUCGCUCCAAGCACUACGCCUUCAUUGAAUUCUCUUCGACCACUGUCGCUAAGAUUGUCGCCGAGACCAUGGACAACUACCUCAUGUACGGCCACAUUGUGAAGUGCAAGUACGUUCCCAAGGAGCAGCUUCACCCCGAGGUCUGGCGUGGUGCCAACCGCCGUUUCAAGGUCACUCCCUGGAACCGCAUUGAGAAGAAGCGUCUCGAGAAGGGCAAGACCCGUGACCAAUGGGCCAAGCGUAUCGAGAGCGAGCAGAAGAAGCGAUUGUCCAAGGCCGAGAAGAUGAAGGCCCUUGGCUACGAGAUCGAUCUUCCUCAGCUGAAGAGCGUCGACGAUGUCCCUGUCCAGGAGGCCCCCAAGGCCAUUGAGGGCGAGACCGAGGCUGUCAAGGCCGUCGAGCCUGCCGUCGAGGAGCCCAAGCUCGAGGCUGCCCCCACUGAUGAUACCCCCAAGAAGACCAAGAAGGGCAAGAAGACCGAAGAGAAGGAGGUUGUGGAGUCACCGGCUGCCAAAUCCCCUGCUGCUAAGAAGGGCAAGGCGACCAAGAAGGCCGCUAAGAAGGUCAAGGCCUAG